AUGGCAGCAGAGGGACUGCUGGAUAAUCCGUCUCUUUUCUCUGGUGCUGCUGCGCUGCUGCAGCAAGCAGCACUGCAGCAGCAAACUGUACCUCUGCAGCAGCCAUUCUUGCGCUUGCUGCGUGGAUUCCCUACAGACAUAGACCUAUCUAUAGACAGCAGCAGCAGCAGCAGCAGUACGAAUGGCAGCAGCAACAGCAACAGCAGCAGCAGCAGCAGCAAAUUAACAGAUAAAGAAAGAAGCAGCAACAUGGAUGAUCUACGCUCGCUAAUGGAUGACAUUGUUCGUUACUAUAGUGAGGACAGCAGCAGCAACAGCAGCAGCAGCAGCAGCAGCAGCAGCAACAGCAGCAGCAGCAGCAGCAGCAACAGCAACAGCAGCAGCAGCGAGGAUGUAACAUGGUAUCGGCGCCACAGACGGGGCACAGAGGAUGAGGAGACAGAAGGAGACACUGCAGCAGCAGCAGCAGCAGCAGAUCAUUGCUCAAUGGCUGCUGAGGGAUUUGAAGGUCUCUUUGGCUAG